UGCUUGAACCCGCGCUCUUUGCACUGCUGUACAGUUUAGAUUAGCCGGGCUCGUAUUCGUCCCGUUGUAUUUUGACUACAAGACAGCUAACCUAGCGUAGCUAAGUUAGCUAGACUAGUUAUCUUACGCUAGCCUGUUAACCACAUACCGAAACACAGAUGACAUUUUUUAUUAAAGCGGAGAGGGACACCCCAUGUCUUCCACCGGUUCGGCGCUCUCAGGUUCGCCCGCUGCCUCGCUGGCGCCGCGCUGGAAACGGGUCUUGGGCUGGUCUGGACCCGUCCCCCGUCCCCGGCAUGGACACAGAGCUGUGGCCAUCAAAGAGCUCAUGGUGGUGUUCGGCGGAGGAAACGAGGGAAUUGUGGACGAGCUGCAUGUCUACAACACCGCAACCAACCAGUGGUUUAUUCCAGCAGUGCGUGGGGACAUUCCCCCAGGAUGUGCAGCGUAUGGGUUUGUGUGUGAGGGCACACGGCUGCUGGUUUUUGGAGGAAUGGUGGAGUAUGGGAAAUACAGCAGUGAUCUUUAUGAGCUACAGGCGAGUAGGUGGGAGUGGAAAAAACUGAAGCCCAAAGCUCCUAAAAACGGGCCCCCACCCUGCCCCCGUCUGGGCCACAGCUUUUCCCUGGUGGGUAACAAAUGCUAUCUGUUUGGAGGGCUGGCAAAUGAUAGCGAAGACCCUAAAAAUAACAUUCCCAGAUAUUUGAAUGAUCUCUACACAUUAGAGUUACGACCCAGUGCUGGUGUUGUGGGCUGGGAUAUACCUAUUACAUAUGGAGUUUUACCUCCUCCCCGAGAGAGCCACACUGCUGUCAUUUACACUGACAAAGGCAUCAAAAAAUCUCGUCUCGUCAUUUAUGGAGGAAUGAGUGGCUGUCGUUUGGGAGAUCUUUGGACGCUGGAUAUUGACACUCUGACAUGGAAUAAACCAUCAGUAAGUGGCACAGCACCGCUCCCUCGGAGCCUUCACUCAGCCACAACCAUCACUAACAAGAUGUAUGUGUUUGGAGGAUGGGUACCUCUAGUGAUGGAUGAUGUGAAGGUGGCCACACAUGAGAAGGAAUGGAAAUGCACCAACACCCUGGCCUGCCUGAACUUAGACACAAUGUCGUGGGAGACCAUUUUGAUGGACACUUUGGAGGACAACAUUCCGCGGGCCCGUGCUGGGCACUGUGCAGUUGCCAUUAACAAUCGGCUCUAUGUGUGGAGUGGCCGUGAUGGAUACCGCAAAGCCUGGAACAACCAGGUGUGCUGUAAGGACUUGUGGUACCUGGAGACAGAGAAGCCAAAUUCCCCUUCACGAGUACAGCUGGUCAGGGCUAACACCAGCUCUCUCGAGGUCAGUUGGGGAGCAGUGUCCACUGCAGAUUUGUAUCUGUUGCAGCUUCAGAAGUACGACAUCCCGUCUUCCACUAGCACUGCAUCUCUGGCUCCGUCUCUGCCAGGGAACUGUCCAAAAAGCCCUGCACCUGCAGCCUCUGCCCUUUCUGCGCAGAGCCUGCCACAGGCUGCUGUAUCCUUUGCCCCACAGAUGGCCUCUCCCACUGGUGCUGGCUUGCCGGUCCUUGCUAACACACCCACCAGCCCACUGGCUGCCUCCACUGCACGCAGCCCAGCCAUUCUGAAAGUGGCAGCCACUCAGACCAGCACUGGGACAUCGAUUGUCACUGUACGACCAGCCAGUCAGGCUGUGAAAUCUCCUGUUACUGUGACGUCACUUCCUGCUGGUGUCCGUAUGGUGGUGCCAUCACAGACAACCCAAGGAACACCAGUGGGUAGCAGUCCUCAGAUGAGUGGCAUGGCUGCUUUAGCUGCAGCAGCCGCCGCCACCCAGAAAAUCCCACCGUCAUCCGGGGCCACAGUGCUGAAUGUGCCAGCGGGAGCCUCCAUUGUUAAAACAGUUGCUGUUACUCCUGGAUCUUCCACAGUUAAAGUGGCAUCGCCAGUUAUGGUUAGUAACCCUGCCACCUGCAUGCUGAAGACAGCUGCUGCUCAGGUAGGCACGCCCACCAUAUCCAGUGCCACCACGCCCACCCGGCCCAUCAUCACUGUGCACAAAUCCGGCACGGUCACUGUUGCCCAGCAAGCCCAAGUGGUCACUACUGUUGUGGGUGGAGUAACCAAGACCAUCACACUGGUCAAGAGCCCCCUUACCAUGGGAGGAGGUGGCACACUGCUUUCCAGCCUCGGUAAGGUUGUGUCUGUGGUCCAGACCAAACCAGUCCAAUCCUCUGCUGUGACUGGACAAGCCUCUUCCAACCCAGUCACUCAGAUUAUACAGACAAAAGGCCCUCUCCCAGCUGGCACCAUUCUGAAGCUUGUGACGUCAGCAGAUGGCAAACCCACUACAAUCAUCACCACGACCCAAGCAGGGGGCACAGGGAGCAAGCCCACUAUUUUGGGCAUCAGCGGCAUGGCCUCCACCACCACCAGCAAACCUGGCACUACUACCAUAAUCAAAACUAUUCCCAUGUCUGCCAUCCAGCAAGGAGCCACAGGUGUUACUAGUAGCACUGGGAUAAAGAGCCCCAUCACUAUCAUCACCACCAAAGUAAUAACCUCUGGCACCGGCACACCUGGAAAAAUAAUCACAGCGGUGCCCAAGAUUGGCAUGGCGACAGGCCAGCAGGGACUGACUCAGGUGGUGCUGAAGGGUGCCCCGGGUCAGCCGGGCACUAUUUUGCGCACUGUGCCCAUGGGUGGCGUCCGUCUCGUCUCUCCUGUUUCAGUGUCUGGCGUCAAGCCAGCUGUAACCACACUGGUGGUCAAGGGAACAACUGGUGUCACAUCUUUGGGCACAGUUACAGGCACUGUCUCUACUAGCCUGGCAGGUGGAAGUGUGUCCAGUGCCAAUGCAUCCCUGGUAACACCCAUCACAACACUUGCUACAGUGGCCUCUCUGUCCAGCCAAGUCCUCAGCCCUGCUGGCAGUGCAUCUGCAGUGCAGAACAACCUCACCACCGCAACAGCUGCUAUGCAGGUACGAUGCAAGCAGCCUACCCAGGUAACCUUAAUUACCACACCUAGUGGCGCUGAGGCUCAGCCUGGACAGGAUCUACCAGUCUCCAUUCUGGCAUCACCCACCUCUGAGCAGCCCUCGUCCAGUGAGCCCACUGAUGCCUCUAGCACUGUUUCCCUCGUCUGCUCAAAUCCACCCUGUGAAACCCACGAGACAGGCACCACCAACACUGCUACCCUGGCAUCAGCCAGCAUGGGCACUGAGCAGGUGGUCACAGUCCAGAGAGUGUGUUCAAACCCACCAUGUGAAACUCAUGAAACUGGCACCACCAACACGGCCACUACAGCCUCAGCUAAUAUGGGCAGCGAACAGGGUGGUGCAGUGCAGAGAAUAUGCUCUAAUCCACCAUGUGAAAUCCAUGAGACAGGCACCACUAACACUGCCACUGUGGUAUUGUCCACCGUGGGCGCUGAACAAAUUGGCACAAUUCAAAGAGUCUGUUCAAACCCACCUUGCGAAACCCAUGAAACGAGCAGCACCAAUACGGCCACUACAGCAUCAGCAAGAAUGGGCAGUGAGCAGGUUGGCACAGUACAGAGUGUGUGCUCAAAUCCACCAUGUGAAACACAUGAAACUGGCACCACCAACACAGCCACCACAGCUUCAGCGAAUAUGGGUAGCAACCAAACAGGUUUAACGCAGAGAGUGUGUUCAAACCCGCCAUGUGAAACCCAUGAGACUGGCACCACCAACACAGCCACCACUGCCACUUGCAGUAUGGAGACAGAUGGUACAGCCCAGCAAGCUGGUGAAGUUUCAGAAGGAUCAAGCGGCCCAGACACUCUGAGCUCUACUUCAGCUUCACAGAGCAGAGCCAUCACCACAGUAACCCAGGCUACUCCUACUCCUGGACCUGCUGUUCCUUCUCUGACGUCAAUAACAGAAGCAUCUACGGAAGUAGCAUGUGAGGCUGUGAUGUCGGAGGCGGAGCCUAGGCAUACAGAGAGCCAGGCAGAGGCAGCCACAGAUCAUGAAGCUGCUAUGAUCACAGAGGCUGCACAGGAGCAACUACGCACAGCAGAGAUGGAGGGUGUGGAGGCGGCAACAGUGGCUCAGGAGGCACAGGCAUUGGCUUUACCCCCAGAGCUGAUGUCUGAGGGACAGAGCACUACCCUAAUGGUUACGGGCCUGACCCCAGAGGAGCUAGCUGUGACAGCGGCCGCAGAGGCUGCUGCCCAAGCUGCGGCCAGUGAAGAAGCUCAGGCUCUGGCCAUCCAGGCCGUGCUGCAGGCUGCCCAGCAAGCAGUCAUGAGUACAGGUGAAGGCGACACCAGUGCAGACGAUCAGCAAAGUCAGACCAUCCCCAUUGUCCUGACACAGCAGGAGCUGGCCGCUCUGGUGCAGCAACAGCAACAGCUUCAGGAGGCUCAGGCUGAGCAGCAACAGGAAGGACCCGUUUCGGCUUCGUUGCCUACUGAAGGCCUGGCACCUGCGGACAGCCUCAAUGACCCCACAUCGGAGAGCAAUGGGCAUGGUGAGAUGUCCGCUGCAGUGUCCAGCACAGUGGGACUACUGCCCAGCACUGUGGCUGAGACUUUGGCUCCUUCCAGCACUCUGGCCCCUGCUGUAAUCGCUACCCCAGUUAACCUACAGGCAGCAGUCACAUUAACUGAGGUAGCCAACGGCAUUGAAGCAGCGAAACAGAACCCUCCCACUGCCACAGUUAAACCCCCAGUGAAGAAGGAAAAUCAGUGGUUUGAUGUCGGCAUUGUGAAAGUGACGAACAUGGUCGUAACACAUUUUUACAUGCCAGCUGAUGGUUCACCUUGUAUUGAUGAUGAUUCUGGAACAAUCCCUGACUACAGCCAGAUGAAGAAAGUGGAACUGCAGCCAGGAACAGCAUACAAGUUCCGCGUGGCUGGCAUCAACACGUGUGGCCGUGGAGCUUUCUCUGAGAUAUCAGCAUUCAAGACCUGUUUACCAGGCUUCCCUGGGGCUCCGUGUGCCAUCAAGAUUAGCAAGAGCCCAGAUGGAGCCCACCUAACCUGGGAGCCACCGUCAGUAACUUCAGGGAAGAUCAUCGAGUAUUCGGUGUAUUUGGCCAUUCAAAGCAGCCAGACAACGGAGGCUAAAGCUUCUGCUCCGGCUCAGCUGGCCUUCAUGCGUGUUUACUGUGGCCCAAAUCCAUCAUGCCUGGUUCAGUCGUCCAGCUUGUCCAAUGCUCACAUAGACUACACCACCAAACCAGCCAUCAUCUUCCGCAUCGCCGCCCGCAACGAGAAGGGCUAUGGCCCAGCCACGCAAGUGCGAUGGUUACAAGAGUCGGGCAAAGAUGCCGCUGCCAAGUCUGCCCCAAAAAGAGCAAUGUCCUCACCGGAUGUUAAAGGGACUGGUCUGAAGAAAGCCAGGAUGGAUCAGUAAGGGUGAAAAUUGCCACCUCUCUCCCUUCAAGUUUCCCCUCAAACUAGGACAGCCCCAUUCUUCCAAACUCUGCUGCACAUCCACUGGUGUUUUAGACAUGUAUUUCAACAGCACAACAUCAGAGCGAAAUUAAACCAUUUAACCAAUGUCAAACAACUGCUAGGAAAAACGUUUCUUUGGUUUUAGGGCGAAGCACUUGUCCUCAGAUAAAGGGAGGAUGCAUUUUUUUUUUUCCCUUGUUGAAGGAAAACAAAUGAGUAAGAGACUGCAAUCCUGUGAAAAUGUUGCAUUACUGAGUAUACUGGAGCGGAGAUGAGGAAGGAAAUCUUGUACUAGCGGGACAGAGACUUUGCUGAGACUGACCUGUUAUGUGUAUGUGGGAAAAAUUGGCGAAGAAAAAAAUCCUCCCAAAAUAUUAGAAAGUACUGAUGCAGAUAACCUUUGUGUAGUUUAUUUUUGUAUUUUUAAAGCUUUUCCCUGCUUGUGAAUGUGUAUGUCUGUGUACAAUUUUUUUUAAAACUUGUGUUAAAACUCGCCUCCUUUUCUUUUCAUGGUUGUCCCAGUAGUUCUGAAAUGUUUGAGAUGAGUUUGCGAGUCGUACUGGAUUUGAGCAGUGUGCCUGUGUGUAACUGUCGUUUUUAGCUGAAUUACAACUGAAAGCCUUUCACAUACAGGCAGGGAAAUGGCUCUUUUGUUUACUUCAUAUUUUUUAUGAUUGUUUCAAGCUGUAUUUGUAUACCAAACCUGUACAUGUAAUAACCAUUAAUGAUUUUUCCCUUUUAUUGCCCCUUUUCCUGCACUGCUUGUUAAAAUGCUUUAUUUUGUUUGCCCCCACCCACCAACUGAUCUUUACUCUCUCCUCUGGCUUUCCCUCAUGCUUUUUUAAAGAAUGCUUCAGAACAUGGAUUUGUAGAUUUUCUGCCCUUGAUCGUGAAGGAACAUGUCCAUGUGAAACUUCAUAGAUUUUUACUUUCAUUCUUUUCAACUUUGUAAUUUACAUACAAAAUGAAUGGUAUGCGAGUAAAUGUUAUUGUGUACUUGUUUUGACUUUAGAGGGAUGUCUUCAUGAGAAGGAUUGAAUUUGAGGUGUUUUGUUUUUUGUGUCUUCGUAGGGUUUUUUUUUUUUUUUUUUUCCUCCUUUUUCAUUCAUUCUUGGUUAAGCCAAGUAAGAAUUCAAUUGUAAUAUAGUUCAUUCAUACCACAAGAGAAAAUGAUUACAUCUUGGCCUUUUAUAUAUUACUUGUAACAAAGUUUUUACAUGUUGGUCAUCUCCUGAUUGCCUUUUGUGUCUUGACUUAUAAAAGAAAUGAAAUAUAUACUGUCUCCCUGAUUAAUCGUAACGACUUUUAUUUCUUUGAAGUACAACUCAUUUAGCUGGCCUGGUUCCAUUCAUGGUGUCCUUUUGAAUCCUACAUGGAUAACGGGUUCAUUUCUUGGUAGCUGUACUAAAUGGGAUGAAUAAAAGGUUUUUAGAGAAAUUAAA